CACCGAUGGCCGCGCAGCAAAAGCCGGGAGUGCCGCAAGCGGAGAUCAACUGGGACAGGCUUGACAAAACCAAAUUCUAUCUGGUAGGGGCAGGCCUCUUCUCGGGCGUGUCGGCGGCGCUCUAUCCGAUCACCGUCGUCAAGACGAGAAUGCAAGUGGCGCGGGGGGAGGCGGUGAAUAUGAAAGCUCCCGCCAUUGUGAGAUCGAUUCUUAGCACGGAUGGAGUGAGAGGACUCUACCGGGGAUUUGGAACCGUCGUUGCCGGUACUGUUCCCAGUAGAGUGGUGUUCUUGACAACUCUCGAGACGACCAAGAUCGCGGCGCUCAACCUCACGUCCAAGCUCAACUUUCCAGACACCACCGCCGCCGCCAUCGCGAAUGGAGCUGCUGGCUUUCUCUCCUCAGUCGUCUCCCAGUUCAUCUUCGUCCCGCUCGAUGUGGUGAGCCAAAGAUUGAUGGUUCAAGGGACUCCAGGAUCAACCAAGUACGCGGGUGGCAUCGAUGCUGUUCGCCAGAUUGUCAAGGCCGAUGGCAUCCGGGGACUUUACAGAGGCUUUGGUAUGUCGGUCAUCACGUACUCCCCAACAAGCGGUGUGUGGUGGGCUUCUUACGGCACCAGCCAGCGCGUGUUUUGGAGAGCUCUCGGCUACACAGAAGAAACUCACAAGAUCCCGAGCCAGAGCGAGAUGGUUUUGGUGCAAGCUGCUGGUGGCCUGGUGGCUGCUGCGUGUGCUUCAGCGCUUACUGCGCCAUUUGACACUAUAAAAACACGUCUCCAGGUUCUGAGUAGCGAAGGAAAUCCCACAGUCGUAGGAACUGCGAGACAACUUCUACAAGAUGAUGGCUGGAAGGGACUUUACAGGGGCCUCGUGCCGCGGUUCUUGAGCAUGACCCUGUGGGGAUCAGCGAUGAUCAUCUCUUACGAGUACUUGAAGAGACUGUCGGUGAAAAAGGACGAUCCAAUCAUGUCGACGUAACACCGCGACGAAGAAUUGCUUUGCGAAGAGAUUAACCGGUUUUCUCAAUCACUGUGCCGUGCCGUGCCGUGCUGCUCUAGAUCAUCGAUAAACUCUUGCUCGCUUCUCAAGCGACCACAAACAUUACACUCCAUGAGGUUCGCAUUGCCUGGCAGCGGCGCCAUCGUUCCACCGCAGCUCUCUUCGGGACACAAGUACUUGACGAAGAACAUCGCGUGAGGGAAAUCGCCAUCGCCAUCUUUGUCCAUCUCUUCUUCUUCAUCCACUCCAUCUCCAUCCGUUUGGUCGUGUUCCAUGGCUUCUUCCUCGUCUCCCUCACCAUCACCGUCGCUCCAAGUCUGCUCCACACGGCAUCGCUCGCAGUUACACUCGAAACCAUAGUCCUCGACCAGCCUCUCCCGCCGCUCCUUGUAGUUCCAAUUCACAGGGAAGUAGCUGACACAAAUCUCGCUACCUUGCGGCACGUCGUGGAGGAGACGAAUGUAGAUAUCGGUGUUGGAUGCGCCAGGCUUGUCCAAGUACUCGAAUCUGUGUAAACAGUGAAAGAUCAGUGAAAGAAACGAAGGAAUCAAAUCAAUCUUGCGGA